AUGGAUUUUGCAGAAAUAAAGAAGAAUUCGCCAAUAUACACACCAUCAAUGGUGUCUUGUGCAACUAGCCCACAAAAUGUUAGUAAGAAUAGAUACACUGACGUUUUGGCUUUAAACAGUACACGUGUCAAGUUAGGAGAAGAUGAGAGAUAUAUAAACGCAGACUACUUGAUGAAUGGCAGACUCAUCGCGUGUCAGGCACCAAUCCCAACGACUGUAGAAGAUUUUUUAGAGAUGAUAGUGCAAGAAGAACCCGCAAUGGUAGUCAUGCUAACUCGAUGCCAAGAAGGGUUUGGGGUUAAAGCCACUCCUUAUUGGGGAUAUGCCUACCAAAACGGUCAAGCUGUCUUUGGGAAAUACACUGUGACGACGUUAGACACUUUAUACCCGGACGUCAAAGAGUCCGAGUAUCAACACGAUUUACAAAUCCGCCAUCUUCAAAUUCUUGAGGGCAAUAAGGCAUAUUCUUUUGUCCAAAUACAUUACCUGGGGUGGCCUGAUAUGGGGGUGCCUAAACAUCCAGAGAACUUAGUUGAUUUGAUCUACGCACAAGUUCUAAUAGGAGCGACAGAUACCUUUGCCAAGAGAAACACAAUAGUGGUCCAUUGUUCUGCGGGAGUCGGAAGAACUGGCGUGUAUUGCAUUCUGUCCAGAAUCAUUGACCAAGUCGUCCACUCUAUUCUUGAAAAAACUACUUUUUACCAAGCACACCCUCGGAAGGAUACUCCAAAAAUCGUGGCUGACAUCGAUAAGGCGAUCGACAAGGUCGUCGAUGCUGCUCUUCAAAAUGAAGAGCCGGUCCCAUUCAGCUCGUGGGAAACCCUAAUUCCCCAAAUGAUCUUGUCCAUGCGAAACGAACGACCGCUGAUGGUCCAAAAGGACGAGCAGUACGGUUUCAUCUUCGAUUCUCUCGACUACUUCUAUUCCCAUGCAAUUUCAGUGAUCGAACAGUACUAUGAAGUCGCAGACGCAUUAGAGCCUCUGCUUCAACCAAUUCACAAAGACGUCUUGUUGGAAUUCAUCUCCCGUAAUCAGUUCUAA